AUGAAGGCUGUCAUUGUCUCUGCUCUUGUCGGGCUUGCUUCUGCAGCCCCCUCAGCACUUGCGGGUGUUAACUACAACCAAUGGUGGGAUGCGGGUUGCAACGGCCGAGCCCUCCUCGGAGGCUCACUGACCCAGGGAUUUUGCACCAUAGUUGAGAGCUUCCCUGGCGCAAGCAUCAAGCUUACGCCGACAAGCCCAUGCCCUGAAGGCACUUCGCCACAGGUUACUAUUUCCACCACGAACGACUGCGACAAUGAUGAGCCUGACUGGACGUUUAUCGCGACGGACGAAUGUGUCAACGUCACCAUUCAACCAUCGGCAAUCCACCUUAACUGUGUGUAG